GAGGGAUUAUUUUUUAUUUUAAAACUCAUUUUGAGUUUUUACAACAUCUCAUCUAUUUUUUUCUAUACUUUACCCUUUUUUGAUUAAUAAUUCAUAGCUUUGACCUAGUAACUCUUUGUUUUUUCUUGGCAUUAAUAACCUUCCAUAUUUUCAUACAGGCAGAGGUUUUAUAAAGUCAACUAUUUAUCUCUUUUAUCUAACAGUCCUGGUCAAAUAUCUGUUUAAGUGGUGAAGUGUUUUUCCUUCACAUGUAUUGUUCAUGUUCAGCCUCGUUAAUUAUUGACUGACCUUCCUUUAAGAUGCUUAUAUAAACUGGGAUUUUAUUUUAAAAGACGGGGUUUUAAAACAGAAGAAGGAGCUUUUUCUUGAAAUAUAAAUGUAAUUUCUUGAGGUUAAUUUGUAGUGCUAAUGAAAGUGUGUGUUGCCGUCAGAUUUUGGGAUGCAGGCUCCAUCCCUCCCCCCUUCCAGAGGACAAAGACUAAAAUGGGUCAGACUCUGGAGAGAAGCAGAUCUUCCGCACCAGCCAUCAUGUAAUGUAGUUCAUCAUCCUGGAGACAGAAACAAGAUGCUGCUGACGGGAUUUAUGGCGUUUCGGUAACGGAUCCAACAUGUUGCCUCCACAAACGGUUUGAUCCCGUGUAUUUAACGGCCGGUGAUGACGGACACACGUUUAUUAUCCAGCAUUUAAAGGAGAAAAACACGAAUAUUUCUGAAUCGUGCCACCAGUUUUUUUUUUUUUUUUUUACCAACAUGUCCUCUCGGGAUGGGUGAAGCAUCUUGUUCGCUUACUGGGACUGAACUGGCUUGAUUGGGAUCUUUGCUGCCUGCUGGUGAGGCUUCCAGUUUCCAGUCAAACACCGACUCAUCAGGCGGAGGACUGACCGACGGAGGGAUGAUGGACGCGGCGCCGAGUUAAUCUGUGUCCUCGGUGAAGAGAAAGGAGACGGGUUAAAGUCCUGCUCUGUGGACUGUGGACCCAAAGAUCCACUGAGCAUCUGAUGGAGGACUGUUCACACUGUCGGCCCGAACAUUAGUGUGGAUCUCUGCUCUCCUGCUGUGGACUCUGAGGCGUUUCUGAUCACAGACCGUAGAUCUGCUGCAGCCAUGACUCCUCCAGCCUCCACUCGACCCUCAUCAUGGACUCUCUCUGUGCUGCUGCUGCUGCUGCUGAUGGUGGCCACAUCAUUUCCUGUGUCAGCUGUGGAGCCGGAGACGUGUUUCUCCAGACAGCACCAGAACGCCAUUGUGAACGUUAGGCAGGCGUUAAACAGGUCGACGACGGCCAUGGACGCCCGGGUGGUCCGGUCAGAGAGGGACUGUGUCCUCGCCUGCUGCUCAGAGGAAGUCAGACCAGGUGCCAAGUGCAACAUGGCUGUGUUCAAGGGCAACAAACACGCCGGUGACGAUAACUGCUUCCUGUUCCACUGUCAGACGGAGCAGGACUGUCCGUUAAUGAAGGCACCGGAAGGCAUCAACACCUACGACAUAUACAAAGGCUUGAUUCAUCCAACCACUGUGAGGCCUGUGACCAUGACGACCACCACCACAGAACAAACCACCACCACCUCCACCACCACCACGCCGGCCCCAACUACACCAACAACCACGCAACCCACCACCACUACAACCACCACACCGAGUACAACAUCACCACCAGCAACGACUACAACCUCUGCGCCAUCCACAACUUCAACCACCAUCGCCACCACAACAACACCUCCACCCAUCAUCAUCAUUGCCACUAUGGCUCCGGUAACUCCAGCACCCACCACCACCACCACCACCACAACAACAGCUUCUACUACUACAACCACCACCACCCCCACCACCAUAGUGAAGAAGCCAAACAAGACCAGCAAGAAGCAAAAUAAAUCAACCAAGAAAGUAAAACCUCAUCCUGUCAGCACCACCACAUCCGCUCCACCGACACAGAGCUCCACCACAUCGCUUCCUGUUGUAACCACCAGCAAAGAGGCUGCACCAAGAACUACUGAAAGACCACAGCCCAAUACUGAAACUACUUCAACUACUACUACAACCACAACAACCACUGCGACUACUACUACAACUCCCACUACUAUUACCACCACUACAACUCCUCCUCCACCUACUACAACCACCACUCCUACUACUACUACUACCACUACCACUACCACUACCACUACUACCUUACCCACCACUACUACUACUACUCCACUUCCUACCACCACCACUACAACCACCACCACAACCACCGAUCCACCCACCAUGAGGACGACUCCAGCACAGAGUCUCGUCAUCAUCCCCAAAGGCGCCGUCCAGUCCGACCACGCCCUCCAGAACUCAAGCGUUGGCCGAGGAAAAACGGCGGUGGCAGCACGGGGGGCGUUGAAAAGCGGCGUGGUGGCGUUCAUGGUGCUGGGGCUCGCCAUACUCACACUGGCCCUGGCCGUCGGCGGCCGCAAGGCAAUGGAGUCCUUUGACAGACGCCAUUACACGAGACUGGAGCUGAAUGACCUGCACUACGAGGUGUGAGGGAGGACACAGCGCCUCACAGGUGUUUGGUUUUUACAAUGGAAGCUCAGAAGGACAAAAAGCAAGACUUUAAAUGAGUUCAUUUAAGAUUGUUAACGUUCAUCUGAUAGUAAUUUUAAAACAGCACAAAGUUACACAAUAACAGAAUGUCUGCGUCACUUAAGAGGCGUCACACCGUGUGGAGAAUACUCGAUCCUGAUUGGCCAGAGCGGGUGCAUUAUUUUGAAUUAACCACACAGGUGCGACACAGUUUAUUUACAUUAACACAGUUAUGUUUAUUACCCUGAAAUAUGAGAGAAGAGGACUUUGAUCUUUGGCAGGUGGCUGUGAUUUAAGAAGCAUAAUGAACUCAGACCUGUGCAGUUAUUGAAAUUAAUGCACUCUGAAGACAAACCCGUAGAAUCUGCAUCUCACAUUAUUUCUUAAUAGGAGUAGGCGAUAUCGAUAAAAUCCUCCACCACAGAAGUUUCAUUCACGUCUUUAUUUUAAAAUGAGCUACUUUAACAAAACACUGGAUUACCUGAAAAAUGCAUCGUUUCAAAGCGGAAAACUGUUUUUUUUAACAGUUUUGGAGGUUCGUGAUUUUUCAUGGACAGAGCCGAAAUAUAAUUUUCAUCGUGAUAUAUAUAAAUAUCAUGAAACCGUAAAUUUAAAAGCACCAGACGGAGAUACUGUAUCUGUGUUUGGUUGCCAAAAAGAAUGCAACGCAUGACAAAUCAAGAACAGCCCGCUCGCUAGAAGAAACUGUUGGCGUUAUGCGAUUCUGCAAACCACGAAUACGUUACAUUUGUUUCAUACGUAUCAUAUCAACGUUUCUAAAGUGACGUAAUGUAUGAGCUGACUUUAUCACUGGUUCAACUUAAAGAAAUUAAGGUCACACUUCACGUUCGUCUUUUUGAGUAGUUCCCAAUCAGGCAUCCUUGAGUUAGUCCAAUACAUCUUUAUUAAUCUCACAAACUCAAAUAGUUUCGUACAACCAACAAGAAGCUUAAUUAAGUUAACCCAACUUAAUUUCUAUCCAAAAGUUGUGGUCAUAGGUAUUCUUACUUAUUUUAAUUCCAUCCUACUCAAAAAAUGUUUUGAUUUUGACCAACUUCUUAAAAUAAGUUGUAAUGUAACGUAUCCGUGGUUUGCAGAAACGAACAAUGCCAACACUUUCUGCCGAUUGUGUUGUCUAGAAACAUCACAAUGAUGCAAAAAUUAUAUGAAAAUAAUCAUAAAUCUUUCCUCUCAACAUUUUGACUUUUGUCUCAGAAUGAAGUCAUUUUAUCAUAUUUGUCCUCACAAAUCUGACAUUUUCUCAAAUCUUUAAAUGCUGUGGCGGCGUGUUGCUGCCACCAUCACAACAAAAAUAUUUGCUCAGUUUCCUGUUAUAACAUGAAAAGUUUUUAUGUCCCCUGUACACAAGCUUCACUACAAGAUAUUUUUCAUUUUAUUCUGAAAUAUUUUCUCACCACUGGAGACCAAAUUAUUCGUUUUAACAUACUUUUUUAUUAAAAAACAAAUCACUUUAUCUUAUCAAGUUACAAAAUCUUCCUGUUAUAUAUAAAUAUAUAUUAUAAGAGCCAUUUGAAAUCAUUAAUCACAUUUUUCAAUGACCAUAUCGUAUGAUAAUGCUGCUGAAAUGUGGCACUUUUCACUUUAUCCUACAAAACAUGACAAAAACUCACUAAAUAAAAAUUAACGAAGAACAUUUAUUGAAAACAAUAUUUUAGGAGCAUAAUUCAUUAGAGAUUUUGAGUGAUUACUUCAAUGGCAUUUUCCUUUGAUGAACAAAAAAGCAUAAAAUAAUAAUUUUUGUAAUAAGUUUAACCAACUAAUAUUACUGGUGCCGGUUAGCAAGGGUGCAGCGUUUAUUGAACUAGUCGGCUAACAGCUCAUACCUCUUGCUGUUACACAAAAUCAGUGUUUGUAUUGUUAUUGCUUAAAUGUUAAUAACACAGGAAACUUUCAUAUGUUGUUAAAUGUGAAAAGUUUCUUGUUUUGAUCAGAUAAAAAGAUUUUGUGUAAUAACAGGUGGGUUUCUACUCAUAUCCUCCUGAGACCCGAACUUUUGUUUGGUAUGCAUUUAUAAUUUCUCCUAGCUAUUUGGGAUCAAUAGGACCCGAAAAGUAUAAAAAACUAAACAUUUUUAACGGUAAUUAAGUUUCAAUCUCCUCAAACGAGACAAGAAUAAAGUCCUGUUGUCUUCAAACAAGUACUUCCUAAUUAACAGUAUCUUGUUCCUGUUGCUAAAAUUGGUCAAAUUUACUGCCAUAUUAAACUGCAAACAUUAUUAUUAAUAAUUAAAUAAAGUUUCAACCAUAACGUGAUCAGGUUGUGGACCUUGUCCACUUUUGUGUCGGGAUCAGCCGCAGACUGACUUGGCAGAGAUGGCUGCCAUCUUGUUUUUACAUGGAUUAGUGUAUUGUGCUCUUACUGCCACUAGAUGGCACAAAAAUGUCCAUGAACGAGGACAACAGGUCUAAGUUAAGUAGAAUGAAGUAUGAGGUCAUGUAAAUCUAAAAUGUGAUGUCCUCGUAUGAGGACACAGGGUCUCAGGAGGAUGUAACAAGAAUAAAUUAUAUGUUAUAGUCAUAAAAAAUUAUUGCAACAACAAAAAUAAUGUAUUAAUACGAAGAAAAUGUCUUAAUAAUAUGAACAUGUCUUGAUAUAGUAUGAGAGGGAGCUCAGUAAAACAAGAAGCUUUUCAUGUUAUAAAGAAAGUUGAGUUUUUUUUCUGACUUUCUGGUUUUAAUCACUUUUAUUCCUGACGUUAUUUAUCUUGAGUCAGAGCCAGAGAGUGAGGUCAUUUCCUGUUAACCUCCUGAUGCGUUGAUUUAGUCGUCGCUGACUGCAGAGAAACUUCAGCUGGUGAUCGAAUACAAAGAACAAACAGCAAUAUUUUUAUUCCCUGAAUCUCAGGAAGCCUCUGAAGUCGAUGUAGAGAAACUCUGGAUUGUACGAGCGGCCACAGAUUUGUACAUUCGGCCUUCUGGUUUCGAGGCCUUCUUCUUCGCCAUGGGGUCGAUCAGCCCUUUGUGUAUAAGAUGUACACUUGCAUGUCUUUUUACUUCCACAUGCUUCAGCCAUACGAGCCUGUGACUGCUUCUUAACUCGCCGACUCGGCCCGAACGUCGGUCUCACACUCUCACUGUGUUGUUUUUGUAUUCUGUCCACAUUUCUCUGGUUUCACACGUGGAUAAAGAUUUCAAACGAUGGAUGCAAUUCUUUGAAAAUUGAUGCACUAUUGUAUCCUGUGUUUUUUGAUAAAUAUGAUAUGCUUCUUUUUGAAUAUUAGAUUGUUUUUCAUAAGUAAGAGUACACUGGCCGCGCACUAUUUUCCUAUAAUAAUAAUAAUAAGUACAUUUGUAUUGGGUGUCAGUGUAUGAGGAGGAGGGGGUGGAGGCUGCUGCAGCGUCAGCUCACCACCAGGGGGCAGCAGCAGCCUGAUGAACCUCCUGCACACACUGACCUGAAGAAGCCUGAAGCUGCACUGUUGACUUGUUUUCACUUCUAUUGCUUUGAUUUCUACAGCGUCUAAUUAUUUACAUCGAUGGUGAUAGUUUGGUCGUGUUUUGUGAAGUGAUGCUUUUGCAUAAGUUUGGAAUUUGAUGUUUUGUUCUUGUAAGGAUUAAAAAAAAUGUGAUUUUUG